AUCGGUUUAGAAACCGGAAGUUUCCAGAGAGUCGAAGUUCUCGCCUGGUGAAGUCCCCUAUCUUUUACUGUUUUUUGCUUUUACAGUCUAUGUUUUCCUAGCAUUCACAUUGGACAAGACGACAGCGUCUAGGCACCGCUUAAUACAGUUCGUAAUGGCUACUGGUUUUAGAAAAACAAGUGCCACCACAAAUCAACGAAAGAAAGGAGGUUCCAAACCGGACAUUACGGAGGAGCAGAAGCAAGAGAUUCGAGAGGCUUUUGACCUGUUUGAUACAGAUGGUUCUGGGACUAUUGAUGUGAAGGAACUUAAGGUUGCAAUGCGUGCCUUAGGCUUUGAACCAAAGAAAGAGGAGAUUAAGAAGAUGAUAGCAGACAUUGACAAAGAAGGCUCUGGGACCAUUGAUUUCAAUGAUUUUCUUUGCAUGAUGACCAAAAAAAUGAGUGAAAAAGAUUCAAAAGAGGAAAUUUUGAAGGCUUUUAGACUUUUUGAUGAUGAUGGCACUGGCAAGAUUUCUUUUAAAAACCUCAAAAGAGUUGCUAAGGAACUUGGAGAGAAUUUAACCGACGAGGAAUUACAGGAAAUGAUUGAUGAGGCUGACCGAGAUGGAGAUGGAGAAAUCAAUGAGCAGGAAUUCCUUAGGAUAAUGAAAAAAACAAGCCUGUACUGAUCUUUGAACUUGUAAGCUUUCUUUUUCUCUUCUUGUGACCUUUUAGUGCUAUUUAUUUUUGUAAUAUGAGGACAUUUGUGACAUUUGGUGAUGGUUUUCUCUCUGAGGUUUAUUAAGUUUUGUAUGACAUUCAAAUAAAAAAGGAAUAUUUGUAAA